AUGGUCACGAACACCAAGGUCAUAAUAGUGGGAGCUGGAAUUGCUGGUCCCGUGCUUGCAGUUUUCUUGAAGACGAGAGGCCACGACCCCAUCAUAUACGAGAGACUUCCCGGUCCAGCAGAAGGUGGGCACGUUUUCGUGCUGCAGCCCAACGGCAUCCGUGUCCUAUCACUCAUCCCGGAGCUCGUGGAACAGAUACCCGGCCAUCCUCUAGAUGGGCUGAUUCACUGCUCCUGCUUGGAUGGAGUGGAAGACAUCCUCCGAUUUGGCUUCCCCCUUAUCGGAGUCCGGCGCCCAGAGUUUCAACAGCUUUUGAUCGACACGGCCAAGAAGUAUGGCGUCGAGAUCAAGUGGAGCCAUCAAGCUAUUGAAUUCGAGCAAAGCGAGGAUACAGUGAAAGUCACGUUUGCGAAUGGUACCAAGGACACGGCAAGCUUUGUCGUAGGCUGUGAUGGGUUGCACAGCAAUACCCGGAUUACACUCUUUGGGAAAGAGAAGGUAGACUUUACGGGAAUGGUGCGGAGGAGACUUUCACUGGUAAACAAUUUCGGGAAUGGUCGUCAUAUGAUUGCGUAUCCUAUUGCAGAAGACAACAUCACAACUCGGGGAGCUGAGGCCAAGGAGGAUUGGAGAAUGCAGAACGAAGAGCAACAGAAUGGAAUCCGAAAUGGGCCUUUCUCCGAGUCCACAUGGGGGUUUGGGACUGGGGAUUUGGUAAAGACUGGCCAGAAGAUUGUGAAGUAUGGUCUCUACGAUCGGCCUAAACUUGAGUCAUGGUUUAAGGGAAGAAUUGUUCUUUUGGGCGACGCAGCUCACCCAAGCAGUCCGCAUCUGGGACAAGGUGCCAACCAAGCCUUCGAAGACAUCUACCAUUUUAUGCGGCUCCUGAGGAAGCAUAACCCAUCUGCUGACCAGCUGUCGACAGAAUUAUUGUUGCGAGUGUUCACUGAUUACCAGGAUCUUCGGCUGCUGCGUACAUCAGAGCUCGUAAGGGGAGCUAGACAACAAGGGGAAUUACGGGUGGUCGAAGGCCUCGACGCAUGUAGGGCUAGAGAUGAAGCAAUCCGGAAGGUAUCGGAUAAUGAUGCAGCGAGGAAGGCACGCCAUGAGAUGUGGUCCGGACCAUUUACCGAGAACGAAAUGUAGUUAUUCUGUGCUAAUGAAGUCUCUAGAUCUUCUCACAGCCUGGA